AUGUACUUAUUCAUUGAUUUGUUAUCAACAAGCUCAGAGAUCAAGUUUGGAUUUCUACUUGCUGCCCUCGUUAUCCUAUUUUGUUGGAAGUACUUUGUGGCAUCAUCGAAUCAGAUAAAGAGUCCAGAGAAUGUAAAGAGAACUAUUGUACCAAAGGUUGCACUAAAUCCGAAUGAAUACCAACAGUUCCCUCUUAAAGAGAAGAUCAUUGUAAAUCAUAAUACUCGUAUCUUUAGAUUCGCUCUGCCAAGUUCAACAGACGUGUUGGGCUUGCCUACUGGUCAACAUAUCUCUGUGCGCGCUGUAAUUGAUGGAAAGGAAGCUUCACGUCCUUAUACACCAAUCUCCUCGGAUGAGGAUCACGGUCACUUUGAUCUGCUGAUCAAGGUCUACGAGAAGGGCGCCAUGUCCAGUCAUAUGGACAGACUGGCCAUUGGCGACACGGUCGACGUGCGUGGCCCAAAGGGCAAGUUCAACUACGUGCCCAACAUGUUCAAGAACAUUGGCAUGUUGUGCGGUGGCACUGGCAUCACCCCAAUGUACCAAGUCAUCCACGCCAUCCUCAGAAACCCCGCCGACAAGACCAAGAUCUCGUUGAUCUUUGGAAACAUUGCCGAGGAGGACAUCCUCAUGCGUGAUGAGCUUCAGGCCCUGGUGGACAAGCAUCCCGAGCAAUUCAAACUCUUCUUUGUACUCAACAAGCCACCCGCUGGUUGGACCCAGGGUGAGGGAUUCAUCACCGUCGACAUGAUCAAGCAACAAUUCGCAGAAGCCUCCUCUGAGAACAAGGCUGUUCUCUGUGGACCACCAGUGAUGAACAAGGCCAUGACGGGUCACUUGACAUCAUUGAACUACACCGAGGAUUCAAUCUUUACAUUCUAA